UGAGCACGUGCGGCGGCGAUUUCACAAUACUGGUAGCCCUCGUUUCGUGCCAUGAUCCACAUCGACGAAUUCGUCAUUUUUCCAAACGCUUCCUGCUUCGCCAACCCUCCAUACAUUGUCCGCUGGGCUGGGCGCCAAGGAGCGCUCCGAUCUCUUCCAAUGACUGUCAUCCUGCAUGUCUAGGCAUGGCACGUCCUGAACUCAGCCAAACGCUAAAAAUCGGGUCCCCCAGCACGUUGGCCAAUUCACUGUAGUCUGGUUAGGAAUCACUUAAAAGGUCCCUGUCUCCUCCCACUCCGUAGAUAAUCGAACUCCAUUGCCCUUCAGUAUCGAUCGUUUCUAGAUCAGACCCUCGUCAGCAAAUACGUCUGCAUAGGGGUGCAAUCAAAGCUUCCUCUCCCAUGCCGGGCGAAAAGAACACUACCUCAGGGUCCGGGGACUCUCCCUUGAGUCAACCGGCCCAUACUCUUCCCUAUGAUGUCGUGAUUAGAGAACUCGGCUCCAGACUCGAUGAGGGUUUGAGCUCGGACGAGGCAAAACAACGUCUGCACCAGUAUGGCCCCAACAAGCUGGAAGAAGGCGAAGGCGUCUCCGUCAUCAAAAUCCUCAUCCGCCAGGUCGCCAACGCAAUGAUGCUAGUCCUGAUUCUGGCCAUGGCGGUCAGUUUCGGUAUCCAGUCAUGGAUUGAGGGUGGCUUCAUCUCCGCCGUGAUCGUGUUGAACAUCAUCGUCGGCUUCUUCCAGGAGUAUGCCGCCGAAAAGACCAUGGAAUCUUUGCAUUCGCUGAGCUCACCCACCGGUACAGUCUCCCGAGACGGUCAGACCUUCUCGGUUCCCUCCGUGGAGAUUGUUCCGGGUGAUAUGGUUGAAUUGCGAACGGGUGAUACAGUUCCGGCAGAUCUCAGAUUGGUCGAAGCCGUGAACUUCGAGACGGAUGAGGCCCUCCUCACGGGAGAGUCUCUCCCUGUCCAGAAAGAAUAUGACUCCACUUUCAAGGAGGACACUGGCCCCGGCGACCGUCUGAACAUUGCGUAUAGCUCCAGCACGGUCACUCGUGGCCGUGCCCGUGGUGUGGUGAUCGGUACCGGUAUGUCCACGGAAAUUGGUUCUAUUGCUGCCGCGCUGCGGGCCAGCAAUAGUAAGAAGCGUCCGGUGAAGCGUGGCCCUAAUGGGGAGACCAAGAAGCGCUGGUAUGUCCAGGCGUGGACUCUGACUGGAACCGACGCUGUCGGCCGCUUUCUUGGUGUCAACGUUGGAACUCCGCUGCAGAGGAAGCUGUCAAAGCUGGCUAUCAUUCUAUUCGGAGUCGCUGUGCUCUUCGCUAUCGUUGUCAUGGCUGCCAAUCUCUUCAGUGACAACAACGAGGUCAUUUUGUAUGCGGUUGGAACCGGUCUGAGUAUGAUUCCGGCGUGCUUGGUGGUCGUUCUUACCAUUACUAUGGCUGUGGGUACGAAGCGCAUGGUUGAACGGAACGUCAUUGUUCGCAAGCUAGACUCUCUCGAGGCCCUGGGUGCCGUAACGGAUAUCUGUUCUGAUAAGACGGGUACUUUGACUCAGGGUAAGAUGGUUGUCAAAAAAGCGUGGAUUCCCUCGAAAGGCACAUACUCGGUUGGCACCUCCAACGAGCCCUUCAAUCCCACCGUUGGCGAUGUAACAUUCACUCCGGUGUCUCCUGAGCACUUUGACGACGAAAAGGAGGGUGAACCGGCGGCGAAGCCCGAGGACCUCAUCCCGGGGAACCGUCAGCUGGAGGACUUCCUGGACGUGGCAUCCAUGGCGAACUUGUCUCAUGUCUAUAAAUCCGACGAAGGGGAGUGGCGCGCUCGUGGUGAACCAACCGAAAUUGCCAUUGAAGUAUUUGCUUCGAGGUUCAACUGGAAUCGCGACCGAUGGACUAAGGGCGAAGGCGCUAUGUGGCACCAGAAUGCAGAGUUCCCAUUUGAUUCCACGAUCAAGAAGAUGUCUGUCAUCUUCACCAAGGUUACUCCACAAGAGGAACGCUCCAUGGUUUUCACCAAGGGCGCUGUCGAGCGCAUCAUCGAUGCAUGUACCACGAUCAUCUGGGACCAAGACUCGUCCACACCUGUGCCCAUGACUGAUAGCCACCGCAAUUCGAUUCUUCAUAACAUGGAAGAGCUCGCCAAACUCGGUCUCCGCGUGUUGGCCUUGGCUCACCGGCCGUACAAAGCAGAGAGCCGUCUGCUCGAAGAUUCCGAUAUCAACCGUGAAGAUGUCGAAAAGGACCUCUGCUUCCUGGGAUUGAUUGGUCUGUAUGAUCCUCCGCGCCCCGAAACGGCCGGUUCUAUCGCAGCUUGCUACCGUGCCGGCAUUGAAGUACACAUGGUCACUGGAGACCACCCGGGAACCGCCAGAGCCAUCGCACAGCAAGUGGGAAUCCUCCCUGCGGAUCUCAGCACGGUGGCAGCCGACGUGGCUGACGCCAUGGUCAUGACCGCCGGUCAAUUUGAUAAACUCACCGACGACCAAGUCGACGCUCUUCCCACCCUACCUCUAGUCAUCGCACGCUGCGCGCCCCAGACCAAGGUCCGCAUGAUUGAUGCCCUCCACCGCCGCGGACGCUUCGCUGCCAUGACCGGCGACGGUGUCAACGAUUCCCCAUCGCUCAAGCACGCAGACGUCGGCAUCGCCAUGGGUCAAGCCGGAUCCGACGUCGCCAAAGACGCCUCGGACAUCAUCCUCACUGACGACAACUUCGCAUCCAUCCUCAACGCCGUCGAAGAAGGCCGUCGCAUCUUCGACAACAUCCAAAAGUUCGUCCUCCACCUACUCUCCGAGAACAUCGCCCAAGCCUGCACCCUCCUCAUCGGCCUCGCCUUCCAAGACAAAGACGGCCAGUCCGUCUUCCCCCUGUCCCCCGUCGAAAUCAUCUGGAUCAUCAUGAUCACCUCCGGUAUGCCCGACAUGGGUCUCGGCAUGGAAGUCGCCGCCCCGGACAUCAUGGACCGCCCACCGCAAAACAAAGCCGGCAUCUUCACCUGGGAAGUGCUGAUCGACAUCCUCGUCUACGGGCUGUGGACCGCCGCGCUGUGUCUCGCAGCCUUCUCGAUCCGCAUGUGGGGAUUCGGCGACGGCAACCUCGCACGCGGCUGCAACCGAGAAUGGAGCGAAGAGUGCGAUCUCGUCUUCCGCGCGCGCGCCACCACCUUCGUGUGCCUGACGUGGUUCGCGCUCUUCCUCGCCUGGGAGAUGGUGAACAUGCGACGCUCCUUCUUCCGCAUGCAGCCCAAGUCCAAGCGCUACUUCACGCAAUGGAUGCACGACGUCUGGCGCAACCCGUUCCUCUUCUGGUCCAUCAUGGCCGGCUUCGUCACCACCUUCCCCAUCCUGUACAUCCCCGUCAUCAACAAGGUCGUCUUCAAGCACACCGGCAUCUCCUGGGAAUGGGGCAUCGUCUUCGUCGAAGCCAUCCUGUUCUUCAUGGGUGUCGAGCUCUGGAAGUGGGCCAAGCGCGUCUUCUUCCGUAGACGUGCUCGUGCAAACGGAACGCAUUCUCUGUCCCAGGACAAUGCCUCCCAGAUGCCUUAACAUUUGCUUUCCCUGGUCUCGCUUCCAUUGCGGCCAGGGAACACUCCAUCACUGGGUUUAUGCGUGCGCUAUAUGGGUCUCGACUUAUUGGUUUUGUGGAUGCUUUUAGUAGUAGUGAGUUUGAAAAGGGGUGAUUGGGGUUGUUGUUGUUGCUUUGUUUCUGUGUUUGUGUUUGUUUUUGCUUUCGCUUUGGCUUUUGUCUUUGUUUUUAUUUUUGUUCUUGUUGUCAUUUUAGGUUGUGCUUGUGGGAGCAGUGUAUCUGUACCACUUGGGCUGAGCCUGGUAGAUAGAUUUGUAGGCGCAGUAGGUAGUUUAGGAAAAGAAUGCCACUUCGUAACGGGUUCUGGGAGUCACGACUGUCUACUAGCCCCUCCCGGAUGCGGUAUUUGUUUACUGGA